UGCUGCUCGUGCUCACUGGGAGAGGGUGGUGGUGACCUGGGACACUGAGGCUCUGUCUCUACCUCAGCUUUAAGAACGAGGCUGGGCACUGCUGUUCUCACUCCCCUGGAUGUGCUGAGCACCUGCUGGCAUGAGGUUUUUCCUCCAGUAUGUGGGCUGCUUUUUUGCUUUUUUCUCUGCUGGGUUUUUGAUAACAUCUACCUGGACAGACUGCUGGAUGGUGAAUGCUGAUGACUCCCUGGAGGUGAGUACAAAAUGCCGUGGCCUGUGGUGGGAAUGUGUCACGAAUGUUUUUGAUGGGAUCCAAACUUGCGAUGAGUACGACUCCAUCUAUGCCGAGCACCCUGUGAAGCUGGUGCUGACCCGAGCCAUGAUGAUCACAGCAGAUAUCCUGGCAGGAUUUGGAUUUCUCUUCCUUGUGCUGGGAUUGGACUGCGUGAAAUUCCUUCCCGAUGAGCCGCUCAUCAAGCUGCGCAUCUGCCUGGUGUCUGGAGUUAUGUUGCUCCUUGCAGGUCUCCCAGGCAUCACGGGCUCAGUGUGGUACGCAGUUGAUGUCUACGUGGAGCGCUCCUCUCUGGUCUUCCACAACGUGUUUCUGGGCAUUCAGUACAAGUUUGGCUGGUCGUGCUGGCUCGGCAUGGCGGGGUCACUCGGCUGUUUCUUAUCUGGGUCCCUGCUCACCUGCUGCAUGUAUCUCUUCAGAGAGACCAGUUCUGGAAGAUUCCAUCCUGCUUACUCCUUGAGGAAAGGCUAUUCCUCAGCUGCGACCAUCGUAACAAAUGUGCAUUUGCCAUCCUCACAAACAGCCACUGCCAAAAUGUAUGCAGUGGACACAAGAGUGUGAGGAGCAGGUAGGUGCUCCAGAAAGCAUUCUGCUUUUAUUUGUAGUGGAUUGCACAGAGCGCCAAGCUCUUGUGGUUGUGAUACGGGUGUAGUUACAUUUCAAGGAUCUACUGUAUGCUACAAUGUUUGCAUUAUGAGAGCUUCAAAAAAGCCUUCCUUCAAGAAAGUAGUCUCUGAGAAGAUCUUGCUUUAGGGAAUCCUGUUUUCUUGAGUGCUGAGGCUGCUUGCAUGGACUGAAAUAACCAACACAAACUCUUUCAGCAUUUGUCUCAACACUAUUGGUACAAGGAGAUAAAUCAGCUGUUCCCGAGUCAGACCACAGUGUUCUGCAUGAAGAGCCCCAGACUGGGAGAUGGAUCUCUUUCAUGUCUGGAAACAUAUCAACAGAAUGUACAAAGCAGAAAAUACUGUCAAAAAGAGGGACUGACUGUCUGACCAACAUCUGGACCCUGUGUACCCAGCAUGGGGGUCUGCUUCUCUUACAGGCAGCUGGAGAGUUCUUCAGAAGAUAAGAGUUGUAUUAAGCAUCUGACCCUUUCUUUGGUCCAUGAACUGCUGCACUGAGAAAACACUGCAAAUCCAGGUGCAUUCUUCCCUGCAGGAUAGAAUCCUUCUCAGUCAGUGUUAAAAUGUACAUUACAGAUGCUCUAAACUCACCGAGAUCUGGAAAUUGCCGGCUUCAUCCUGCUUAGUAAAGACAUCGCUUGGACAAAGAGAGUGAAGAUCCAAAAUCUGACCUUGUGCAUGACAAUAUGUCUAUAUUAGCUAGAAACUAGGAUAAAUGAUAGUAAAAUCUGUUGUCCCUUUCUAUCAAAAGAUAUUUAAAUCCAGUUCAGGACCUA